UAACAAGGCAAAGGCUGAGAAGGCACGCUAGAAACAGUCCGGAGAGGGAUAGAGGUGGGGAUGUAACAGAGAGAGAGAGGAAAUCGGCAGCACAGAGAAACAACUGAAAUAAAACAGAAACCAACACAAUGUCCGGUCCAAGCAGAACCCAACGUGGGAGAGUGCAGGAACCCCCUGAAGGAGGCUGGGGAUGGGUCAUUGUCUUCGAUCUCUUUGUGAUAAAUGUGUUGGGAAUGGGAAUACUGAAAUCGUUUGGGAUCUUAUCUGCAGCACUUCAAGACACAUUCCAGGCAUCUAUGGAACAGAUCAGCUGGAUUGGGUCGAUUUUGUCAUGUGUACGUUUGACAGCAGGUCCAAUUGCUGGUAUAUUCUGUGCAAAGAUAGGCGAGAAGCAAACUGGAAUUCUGGGAGCAGUUAUGGUAUCUACUGGACUGUUCUUAAGUUCGUACGUUGACAGAAUUGCCUUCCUGUAUGUCACCCUUGGCUUACUGACAGGGUGUGGAUUUGCCUUCCUAUCUCAGGCUGCAGCUCUGAACACAACCAAGUACUUCCACAGAAAACUUACCAUCGCUUGUGCCAUUUCCCGCUCAGGAACAGGGCUAACUUUCGCCCUGGCUCCAUUCCUUCAAUACCUUCUCGGUGAAUAUGGCUGGCGAGGUGCCGUCCUCAUCCUGUGUGGAUUAACACUGCACCUGAUUCCACUGGGAAUGCUGAACCGUCCAAUUUAUUUAAAGCAAGACGUGGCCAGGGCUAGUGAUCAGAGCAAAUGCCAACAGAGAAAUGACAAAAGGGACGUGAUCACUACGGGAGUGUCAGGGGCACAGCUACCAAUCAGUCGCCCUCCAAAACUUGUCCGAGAAUUUCACUCGAGUCAGAAUGAACUGGAGGAAUCUAACUCCUUACGAUGUGAUGCGAAAGAGGCUAUCGAGCAAAAUCACCGUGCUCCCGCUGACUUGUCAAUUUUACAACCUGGGGACCUCUCCUUAUUUCAUGAACCAACUUUAUUAAGACAGUUGCAUUCCACUGACCUGCAAGGCUGCAAAGUCCAAAAUAGGAAUUCAAGCCAAGUGCUGGACACAGUUACCGUGCCAACUGACACAAGACACGAAGGCUUCUGUAGGGAGCUUGGUGCCCAUCUGAAUUCAAUUUCAGCUGGUUUGAGAAACCUCAUUGACUUUUCUCUGCUGACUGACCCACUCUUUAUUAUUUUCACUAUUUGCACCUUCUUCAGCCAACUGGCCUAUUUCAUACCAUAUUUUCACCUGGUAGCCAAGGCCAAAGCUUUGGGCAUUGAACCAUUCCAAGCCACCUUACUCAUUUCUAUUCCUGGAAUUGUUGAGAUUGUGACUCAGCUUAUCUCUGGCUAUGUCGCUGACCGUAACUGGAUGGCAAAGUAUCAUUACCACAAAAUCUACCUACUCUUCUGUGGAGCUGUCAAUCUUCUGGCACCCCUUGCAAAUACGUUCUCAAUGCUAAUGAUGUACAUAGUGGUUUUCGCCGUGUUCUGUGGGGGUUAUCUGACUUUGUUGCUUCCAGUCCUGGUUGACUUUAUUGGAAUCCAUAGAUUACAGCAAGGAAUGGGCCUCUUCCAGUUCUUUGUUGGUCUUGGCUGUUUGGUCGGGCCACCAGCAGCAGGUGCUCUUUACGAUUUCACCAAAGAUUACAAUGCUUCAUUCCAGCUGGCUGGCUCUUGUUACUUUGUCGCAUUCCUAGUUUUAUUUUUUGUUCCACUGGCUGAGAGAAAACAGUCCAAAGAGGCCAAGAAGAGAAUAAUGGAAGACCCCAACAACUUGGCUCCAGCGAGCAUUAUCCCUCCAUCUCUUGAGGGCUCACCGAUGAAAGAGCACUUGGAGCUGGAAAGCAUGGUCUGAGGGUGGCCCUUCCCAGCAGUGCUUUAAUGAGCUUGGGUGUUGAAAGUACCAGGCCCUGGACUUUGCUAGAACUGGUGUCCUCAGUUUAGAUGGUAAUGGAAUAAUAAAUGAAUGAAACCACUUCUGUCCAACAGAAAUGAAAAGGAAAAGGUGGUCAGAAAAUCACAUGGAGGAGAAACUGGAAGUUUGGCAGAUCUUUAUGGCUUAACUUUUUAUAUCGAUUUCAAGCCAAAGUUAGAAAGGAAAGCAGCACUUUAUUUGAAAAUUCAUAUUGAAUACUGAAGAAUAUAAUAAUUUCAACAGAGCAAUAUUUAUGAAAUUUUCAUUUUAUAAGUUUUCAGUCUGGGGGUAUUGAACAAUACGCAACCUAGGAGCUGAUGCAAUUGAGACCAUCAGUGUUUCCCAAGACAUGUAAAGGAAGUUUUAAAGGAUUGGAGAUGACUAGAAUAUUUUCAUUAAAGGAAUUUCAAAAUGAAUUACAAUGUUGCUGGUAGUCACAUUGUCGAAUUAUUGUACUAUGAACACUGGGAGAGUCUUGAGAGUAUAUCACUUUAGUUCCUGGCUGCAAACGGCACAUGAAGUAGCAAAGAUGAUAUAAAUUGGGGGCAAAUGCAUAUUAAGUGAAGAACAAAUCUAAUAUUUCAAAAGACCUAAGUGAAACAGGGGCUUAGUAUAUCAAUGCCAUGGAAUGGAUGAUCAUUGAUUUAGAGUUCAAAUCUAGUUCUGUUAGGGAUGAAACACUGACUGUAUACAUGCAGUGCGGCUCAUUAUUUAAUAUGCCAUCUGUUCCUUUUGAUCCUUCCUUCUGUAUAGUGCCUUGGGACAGGUUUUCUAUAUUAAAGUUGCUGUAUAAAGGCAA